AUGCCUUCGCCUGAGAAGCGCGGGACGAAUGUGGGCUGGGCCUUAGCGGCUUGUUUUGUGCCGUUGGUGGCUGUGCUUUAUCACCUCUACGCAGAGGCUGCUGCGGAGAACGAGGAGCUGAGAAGGAGAUUGGAGAAGGCCAAGGCGCAAGAUGAUAGUUCGUCACCGCGGGCAGAGAAUGCGAUGAAGUUGGCGUCGAGCUUGGAAAGCUACUGGCCGGUGCAAGCGGUAGCCGUGCUCGAGGAGGAGUUGCUUCGAGGUGCCAGCAGCUGCGCGCCCACUUUUGAUCCCUCAUGCAUUCUGCAGCAUGGGCAUUACAGGCCUCGGACGAAGAUUGAACUUCUGGAUGCCCUUGGAGAUGCCCAUGGUGCAGCAACUCACUAUGAGAAGGCGGCGCUUUUUCAUGAAAGGGCCCUGCAGCAGAAACAUGAGGCUGGCUUUCCUCCUUCAGAGAUCGUGACCUCCUAUUCCGCUGUGGCCACAGAUGCUACAAACCUCUUCCAUUUUGAAGAGGCCCUAAGUUGGAUACGUCAAGGACAAGGUUUGGCCCUACCUAAAGCAGCUCUGGCGAUUCUUUAUCAGCAAGAGUCUGGAAUCCUGGAGUGCCAGGAUGAUUUCAUCUCUGCGCUUCAUGUCUUCGAACACUCACUCAAGCUGCAGGAAAAGAGUGUCGCCGAUGCGUUGCGGCACUUGGACCUGCUGAAGCAGGUCUUGCAUGAAGAGAUGCCACCCUCCGUAGCGUCCGCGAUGCGCGGGCGGGUAGCAGAGAUUGAGGAAGAACUGAUCCGUUUGGGCUAUGGCAAGAAGGGGCAGUUUCCCAAGCGCUAUGUGCCCGGGCUUGGAGUCGGGAGACCAUGGCGGAGCUUUCCGACAGAGACCGUCUCAGCAAGUUGGAUGCUUCCGGCAUCUCAAGCCCUGCGAGCCGCGGUGCCUGAGCUGCUGUUGGAGUACCUGGAGUUGAAGGAAGCGGGACAGAUGUAUCGGGAGAAGGAAUGCAUCCAUUCACACCGUGGCGGUCGAUGGAGCAGGUUCGAGGUGAACGCUUUCUGGCACGCCAGUGACUCCGGGGGCAUCCGCUGCGCAGUGGAGUCGCCCAGAGCUUGUGCGCUCUUUCAGGAGCUGCAGGCCUUGGGAAUGCCCUUGAUCCGUGCAGGCUAUUCCGCCCUGGCACCUGGUGCCUGGCUCAAGCCGCACUAUGGGACGACCAAUGCACAGCUCAAGUGGCAUUUGGGGCUCUCCAUUCCAUCCAGUCCCACAGAGGGCUGUGCUACGUUGCGCGUGGCGGAUGUGAUACACCAAUGGAUGAAAGAGGGCGAACUGCUGUAUUUCGACGACUCCUUUGAGCACGAGGUCUUCAACCACUGCGACAUGGAGCGCGUGGUCUUUCAGCUGGUCUUUGCUCAUCCCCAGCUGGGUGGCUCAGACGACGAAAACCUACGCUGUGCCACUGGGGACCUGCAGGCCUGUCGACCGGGCCUGUCGACCGAGCUCUAA